AUGUUUGGAAAAAGCUUUCCGUUCUAUAAUUCUGUCGCCGGAUUUCAUCCACAGAGCACAGAUUCAAGAAAGCCGCCGGGGACGGGUUACACCAGUAAAGUACGGGUGCGUGACAGAUAUCACAUUGUCGGUUUCAUCAGCAGCGGCACUUAUGGUCGCGUCUACAAAGCGAUCGGCAAAAAUGGCCAAAAGGGGGAGUUCGCCAUCAAGAAAUUCAAGCCGGACAAGGAAGGCGAGGUAGUGCAGUAUACUGGUCUUUCGCAGUCCGCAAUUCGAGAGAUGGCCUUGUGCUCCGAGCUUGACCAUGCCAACGUGGUGCAGUUGGCAGAAAUCAUCUUAGAAGACAAGUGUAUCUUUAUGGUGUUUGAGUACACGGAGCACGAUCUGCUUCAGAUCAUUCACCACCACACACAACCGCAGAGACAUGCAAUCCCCGCGGCGAUGGUCAAGUCCAUCCUCUUCCAGCUACUGAACGGUCUGCUCUACCUUCAUACUAACUGGGUCCUGCAUCGCGACCUCAAACCCGCAAACAUACUGGUCACAUCCAGCGGGGCCAUCCGCAUCGGCGAUCUUGGCCUCGCUCGUCUCUUCUACAAGCCCCUCAACUCCCUCUUCUCGGGAGACAAAGUGGUCGUCACUAUCUGGUACCGUGCCCCGGAGCUCCUGAUGGGAAGCCGACACUACACACCGGCGGUCGACCUGUGGGCCGUGGGGUGCAUUUUUGCAGAACUACUCUCUUUGCGGCCCAUUUUCAAAGGCGAAGAAGCCAAGAUGGACAGCAAAAAGACGGUCCCCUUCCAGCGUAACCAGAUGAUGAAAAUCAUGGAGAUCAUGGGCCUCCCAACAAAAGAGACCUGGCCGGGCAUCGUCUCGAUGCCGGAAUACGCCCAACUGCAAUCAUUGAGCAUGUCGCGGCCCCCUGGCCACUUCAGCCGCACCUCCAAUCUCGAGGGCUGGUAUCAAAGCUGUCUGAAGAACAAUGGAUACUCUGCCAAUUCGAGCGCGGGCACUCCCGGGGCGGAUGGAUAUGAUCUGUUGGCACGGCUGCUCGAGUACGACCCCACAAAGCGGAUCACGGCCCAGGAAGCUUUGGAACAUCCGUACUUUCGAAAUGGCGGUGCCAUCUCGGCCAACUGUUUCGAAGGGUUCGAGGGCAAGUACCCCCAUCGCCGAGUGACGCAGGAUGACAACGACAUCCGGUCUGGUAGCCUCCCCGGCACCAAGCGCAGUGGGCUGCCCGAUGAUAGUUUGAUGGGGAGAGCGGCCAAACGCUUGAAGGAGUGA